GGUUGGUUUCGCUUGCAGCGAGUUGCCAUCCGUUGCCACUAAACCCAAGUGCCCUUUGGAUGGGUUGCCAAACUGCGCCCAUGAGUGUUGAAGAUAUGCUGCCCAAACGAGGCCUGCGCGUGGCGAUCUUCGGAAGCACCCAGUUCUAUGGGGCCGACUCCCAGGACCUUUGCCAGGCGCUGGGGCAAAAGCUGGCACAACGCUGUGCGAAUGAGGUGGUGCUGCUGACGGGGGCCAACGCGGUGGUGCAGGAGGUCAUCUCCAGGAACUUUCACCAGGCCCUCGGGGGUGAGGCGCGGAUCUUCCAUUUGGCGCCCAGGGACUUCAAGUGUCCUUGGGACUUCGGUAAGGUCCUCGUUGCCGGGGAGGACAUGAUGGAGCGCCGGAAGAUUCUGGCGCAGAGCGCCCACGUGGCCAUCACCGUGGAGGGUGGCCCUGGCACUUCGGACGAGAUCAAGAACGCGCAAGCGGUUGGCGUCCCUGUGCUUCCCGUGGCACGCACGGGGGGAGCCUCCUCCUCGGAGUUCGCGAGCUGUGCGAAGCCGGCGCACGUCACCGACGCGCAGUGGGCGCUUCUUUCUGACACCUCCGUGCCGGUAGACACGACUGCCUCUGCAAUCGCGGAGAUGGUGGCGUCUAUGCUUUAGGCAGGCGCUGGGGCAACGCGUCUCGACGCUUGCCUCCGCCGUGUGCGCUUGCAAGCAAGAGAAAAGAGCAGAUGUUUGUCUGAUUGAGCA